UCCCGCCUGCAGCGAGCAACUCAGCCCAACUCAGCCAGCCGACAUGAGGACUCACGUGCUGUACAACUCCGUGCUGAUGACGGCGUUGGUCCUGUCGCUGGUGCCGGCCAGCUGCCUGUCUCAGGAGUCCGGUCCGGUUCCAGAGUACGACCUGCACGUGGAGUUCGAGCCGGUGGAGGUCCACCACGUGGUCAAGAAGCGAGGCGUCAUUCACGACGGCGGCCAGGGCGUUGGGCUGGACGGCGCUGCGUACGGCGGCGGAUACGGCGGCGGAUACGGUGCUGGAUAUGCGGCCGGUGCAGUCCCCAUCUCGGAGCACGUGGAGGUGGAGCGGCCGGUGGCGGUGCCGGUGGUGAAGCAGGUGGAGGUGAGGGUCCCCCAGCCGGUGCCCGUGGCCGUCCCCCACCCGGUGGCGGUGGCCGUGCCCCAGCCCUACCCCGUGCCCGUGGAGGUGCCGCAGCCCAUCGCGGUGCCCGUCGUGCGCACCGUGGCCAUCCCCGUGGAGAGGCCGGUGGCGGUCCCCGUGGAGCGCCCCGUGCCGGUCCCCGUGGAGCGGCCCUACCCCGUCCACAUCGAGAAGCACGUGCCGGUGCCCGUGCCCCGGCCGUACGCCGUCACCAUCCCCGUCGUCAAGCACAUCCACCACUACGUCAAGCACGGCGGCUGGCACUGAGCACACCAGGUCACUUCAAAGAGGUCCGACUGACUGACAUUCGCCACAUCUGCGCCUCUGCACCCCAUCCGUCGCACAGCCAUCUCUCAGGGAAUACUCCUCCCAUCAUCUUGUUAUCAAUCGUUAUGUUUGUGUACA